AUGCCUGACACCUCAAGAGCCAACUGGGCCGACGAUGAAGAGUUCGAUGACCCAACAGUCCUCCCCCCUCAGCAAGUCCUGUCAAACCCCGACGGCACAAAGACAAUAAUCACCUUCCGCUUCAACGACGCCGGCAAGAAGAUCAAAACCACACGCAAGAUCCGCACCACCAUCGUCAAGGAGCACGUCAACCCACGGGUCGCCGAGCGCAAGGAAUGGUCCAAAUUCGGCGCCGAGAAGGGCCACGCGCGCGGGCCCGACCUCUCCACAACCUCCGUGGGCGAGAACAUCGUCUUCCGCCCCUCGUCAAACUGGAAGAGCUCAAAUAAGGAGGAGAGCAAGGAGGAGGACAGCCUGAGGGACCAGCUGAAGGACAAGAAGGUUGCCUGUCGUAUCUGUAAGGGCGACCAUUUCACGGCCCGCUGUCCGUUCAAGGACACUCUUCCGCCGCUCGACGACGUUGCUGCGUCUGGUGCGGGUGCGGGCGAUAGCGGCAAUGCGGCUGAGGAUGUCGGUGGCUUGGGAAUGACAAAGGGAAGCUAUGUUGCUCCCCAUCUGCGUGGGAAGAAGGGUGCGGGAGAGACUAUGGGUGGUGGAAACUUCAAGGACAGAGACGACCUUGCCACCCUUAGGGUUACAAACGUGUCUGAGUUUGCGGAGGAGAACGACCUGAGGGAUAUGUUUGAGCGUUUCGGAAGGGUCACGAGGGUAUUCUUGGCCAAGGACAGAGAAACUGGAAGGGCAAAGGGCUUCGCAUUCAUCUCUUUUGCGGAUAGGAGUGAUGCGGCGAGGGCGUGCGAGAAGAUGGAUGGAUUUGGUUACGGGCACUUGAUCUUGAGGGUCGAAUUCGCCAAGAAGUCUGCUUAA